AUGUCCAAUAACAUAAGUCUCUUCAAACAAAGAUUUUUUUUAAAAAACAUAUCCACACAAAAACCGCUACCGAACUUAAUUCGCGCUUAUUAUAACGAAAAAGUCGAGCUAUCUCCACUCCUUAUUUCCUGUGGAUUGAAUGAUAUUAUCAUCAUAUCAGCGCCAACUUUAACCAACACAUCAAAGUACUAUCUCCACAGACCUAAUGGAGGAACAGUUACCCUUGACUUACAACCGAAGCUCCGUGCUAAUAACGUAUCGACGGACGAAUACAAUGAUAUACAAAUAACGUACUUUACAUCAGGGAUACGAAUUAUAUGUCCAGUUAAUAAAUAUAGGAUUUUCAAUGUUAAUGAGGCAGGCAGUAUUUUCAACCCAAUGGAUACUUUUCAAGAAAAAGAACUACAAUUGGAGGGAAACGAGUUUAUGAUAGGCCCUUUAAGUGUGGAGGAUCAUGGCAAUUGGGUGUUGAGUAUCUAUUAUAUAAGAAAUGGAAGGUGGAUUGAAGUAUUCCAAGUUAUAAGUGUAGAGAUUAUUGAAAUUAUACCAGCAAAACCACCUAAGCCAGUGCUAAAUGUAGGAGAAGAUUUAGAAAUCAGUUUCGCAUAUCCAAUAGAUAAUAUGACAUCCUGCGAGAUCACAGCGCCAAGAUCUACAUAUGAUCGGUUUUACGAUAGAAGCAGACACAGUUUUGAGUCUUGCGGAUUUUUAAUACCAAAUAUUACAAGAGAAGACGCUGGCCUUUGGAGGAUAGUUGGUGUUGGUCAAAUUGUGUAUGAAGCAACAGCAUUUGUUACCAUUAAAGAUGUAUUUUUAUAGCAUUUCUAGUUUUUUAAGUUAUAAUUUUAAUAGUGAAAUAAGGUAAAAAAUGCCUGGAUGUUGUCGUUUCUUAAUGGAACGAAUACAGCCGCCUUACAUCCCCUUUUAAAUAUAUUUUUUUCAAAGUACCAUACAAAAUCUAUGAUGAUGGUAUUCUUCUAUGAGAAUUUAUAAUGUCGUGAUUAAGUACGGUUAGUUAGUUAAUUUAUAUAAUAAUAUAACAAUUUAUAAUAAUUUAUAUACAGUGUAAAGUCCAUGUAA